GGAAGUACAGCUCCGACCUCAGCCCUGCCUUCCUCCUCAACCUGCCCUACCUCCUCAUCCCCAUCUGGGCGGGGGUAAGGAUCUUCAAAGCCAAAACCACGGCGUUUUCCCUCCCCCAGGUGGCUGAGGAGCAACGCAAGUGCCUGCACCAGCGGCCCCAGGACGUGGGGCUGGUCCUGCUCCUGCUCCCCACCGCCGCCUUCACCUUCUUCAGGGGGUUGAUGCUGAUCUACAUGUUCUACUUCCUCCCCUUCCUCUGCCUCUGCAUCUACGGGCUGGUGCUGCCCGGCU